AUGUUAUCUAUAGAUAUGUAAGUAAAUGGGACAAUUAUCAUAAUCAUCAUCGUCCACGCGACGGACAAACGAUUAUUAUUUUACAUAUAGAACAUAGUUUGGAAAUGUGGUGGCUGAUCUUCCUCAUCUCACCAUGCUUAGCACUGGUAGACCGGGAGCCCGUGCUGAACAUGCGCAGAACACGCACCACCCCAAUCGAGGGGUUCGUGCAAGUCAGGCUGAAUCACUUCAUGGCGUCCGAUACUAGGACUUUUCCCAUGCGUUACUACUACAACAGCGAGUUCGCCGGUGAGAACCUCGUCAUCCUAGUAGGAGGAGAAUGGGCGAUCUCUCCCGAAUGGCUGCAGGGCGGGCUGGCCCAUGAGAUGGCCGAGCAGAUGAACGCAGGACUGUUCUAUACUGAGCACCGGUUUUAUGGCAACACCAGGCCGUUUAGUGACUCUAGCUUGGAGAACCUAUCGUUCCUGUCGAUAGACCAGGCGCUGGCAGAUCUGGCGCAGUUCAUACAACAUGUCAAGAGCGAUCUCUUCGAGGAUGGACGAUACAAGAACGCGACGGUAGCCCUGGUAGGGUGUUCGUACGCGGGCACCAUGGCGACCUGGAUGCGGCUGGCGUACCCUCACCUGGUGGACGCCGCCUUCUCUGACAGUGGGCCUCUGCAAGCUCAGGAAGACUUCCCAGAAUACCUGGAAGUGGUAGCUGAAGCAAUCAAGGAGCAAGGUGGUUCAACCUGCCUGACCAGCGUCGAGGAGUCUGUACAGGCGCUGGUGGACUUGCUGGCCACGCCCGCUGGACCCACGCUCGUCUCCGAGAUGUUUCGCACGUGCACAGUCCUCCAGGCGAGCACUCCACUGGACGUGGCCACGUUCUUCAUGUUCGGCAUCAUCUCGUCGCUGGCCGUGCUGGUGCAGUACGCCACGCCGGGAGACAUCACCCAAGCAUGUGCGGUGCUUACUGCUGCUAAUGUUUCUGACCCCGUCCAGCGUCUAGCAAACUACGUGACUUCGGAGCCCCUGUGGGCGCCCUGCCUCGAAACUCGCUACACACAAGUAGUGGCCAACUCAAGGAACACAAGCUUCGAUGCGCCUGAGUCUCAAAUGCGUCUAUGGCUAUACCAGACCUGUGCUGAGUUCGGCUGGUACCAGACCACCACCAGCUCGAAGCAGCCGUUCCUCUCCACCGUACCGUUGGAGUACUUCCACCAAGUCUGUAAAGACUUCUACUCUAGUUAUUUCGACGAAGCAAGACUUCGUUCAGGCAUCAAGCGAACGAACAUAUUCUUCGGGGGUCUGACACAUUUACCCGACCGCGUGGUGUCGGUCGCCGGGGGCCACGAUCCCUGGUCACCGAUGGGCCCAAACUCGACGCAUGCACACCAAAAGGCACCCGUCUAUGUCGUGCCUGGAGUAUCGCAUUGUAGGGCUAUGCAGUCAACAGGUAGCAGCGACACUGCAGAGUUAGAAACUGUCAAGAAGGCAGUACUAGACCAUAUGUACGAGUUCGCUGUCGGUCCGAUCGACCGUCCGAUCUCAUCGGCCACCGAUAUCGGAGCCAACUUGGCGCUCCUGCUUAUUGCUGCGAUGGCUUUAGUGAGAAAUUGGUGAUUGAAAUAAAUAAAUAGUAUUUUUUAA